CUGUCAACCAUAUCCAAAGUGCAGGACCAAAGAGAAGUAAAUAAUGUAUGCUUUUGUUAGAUUCUUUGAAGACGAUAUGUGCUACGCGUUACCCGUUUCGAAUGUGGAAGAUUUCAGACCUCUGCACAAAACAGAUUUUGAUAAUCAGAAGGUGUAUCUGGUUCACAGAACUGAAGAGAAUGGCAGCGCAGGCCAGCCGUGCGAAGCACAGAUCCUUGCCCUUGCAGAUACAGUAGAGGAAUUUGAAGACAGUAUAAUGCAAAAGAAGAUGAAAAUUCCCAAGAUGUCCAUCGAGAAUUCAGGAAACUCAAUUGAGAACAAUUUUGGAGAGGAGAGAAUGCCACUCAGGCAUAAAAAGGCCCUGUCUCAGGACCAUGGACGCCCCCUUUCCAACUCCUCCAAGAGCCUGGCAGCAGUAGUGGCUCGCCUGGAGAGAAAUGCAGCCAGCUCCUGUAUGGAGGGCGAAGAGGACCUGGAUGAGGACCGGCUGGCUGAGGAGGGAGAGGAUGCAGAAGAUGAAGAUGAAGAUAUGGAGGCAGAGCAUCAGCAACAUCAUCACCAGCAGCAGCAGCAGCAACAGCAUUUGGAGGUGGAUACGGAUUGUGUGUCUGAGGUAGCCGCAGCUGUGGUUCCUAGAGUCUUGUACGAGGAGCUGGUUCACAGCUACAGGCAACAGGAGGAGGAGAUGAGGAGGCUGCAACAGGAGUUGGAGAGAACCCGCAGGCAGCUGGUACAGCAGGCCAAGAAGCUGAAGGAAUAUGGCAGUUUGCUGACAGAAGUCAAAGAACUGAGGGACUUCAACAGGAGGCUGCAAGAUGUACUUCUUAUGAGAUUAGGCAGCGAGCCUAUGCAUGACAAUGGUACUCAGACAAUCAAAGCUGAAGUGGUUGAACCCAUUGUUGAUGCCCAGGAGACAUGCAGAGAAGAAGCCAACACCAGUUCCAGCUACUCACCCUCACCUCGAACAGUAUACACCUGCAAUGAUGGAAAGGUACACCUCGGUGGUGGAAUUUGGGUAGAGGAGGAGAAGUGGCACCAGCUGCAGCGAACCCAGGGAGACUCCAAGUUCACAAAGAACCUAGCUGUAAUGAUCUGGGGUACAGAAACCCUCAAAAACCGUAGUGUCACAGGAGUGGCCACCAAAAAGAAGAAAGAUGCCCUACCCAAACCUCCACUGUCGCCCAGCAAGCUGAAAAUCGUCAGAGAGUGUCUCUACGACAGAGUGUCUCAAGAAACAGCCGACAGUGCAGAGAUUACACAGAGAUUAUCCAAAGUGAACAAAUACAUUUGUGAAAAGAUAAUGGACAUCAACAAGUCCAUCAAGAACGAGGAGCGGCGGGAGUCCAAGCUGCUCAUCAGACAGACAGUCAAGAUGGAGAACUUCACCUACGAUGGCAUGUAGUGAUCAACUGUUGUCACACCAGCGCCUUCUGCCCCCCUGUGGUCCGCAGGAUGUUUAGGGGACUUGAUAUGAGUGGUUGGGGGAUGUUUGUCACAGUUUCAGGAGCAGUUGUAUUCCUUUGACACAUUGGAUUGGUUAUUAUGUGAAAUGUUAAAACAAAUAGUACCCUUCCCAGCUCCCUACAGAACAACCAUCAGCUUCCUCAGUGCCCAGUUUCCUCAUUGGCUGACAGACAGCUUUACCCACCAGACAGAGGCUGACUUGAGCUCACGUGAACUACUUUGAUAUGAGCUGGUAUGAGUGUUUUUAUAAGCUUUACAGUGGAAUUGGUACAGAGACAUGGUUUAUUGAGGUGUGUGCAUUUG